GAGGCGCAGGAGACGCGGGAGCCAAUGGGCACGCUCGGGGGAGCCGGGCUGGCGGCGGCGGUGGCGGCCAGCCGGCCGCGCACUCUCGGGAUGGAGGGCGAGCGCCGGGCAUCUCAGGCGCGCUCCUCGGGCCUCCCGGCCGGGGGCGCCGACGGGGACAGCCCGGGGGGCAGCGCCCCCUUCCCGGGCAGCAGCGGCUCUUCCGCCCUGUUGCAGGCGGAGGUGCUGGAUCUGGAGGAGGACGAGGACGACCUGGAGGUGUUCAGCAAGGAUGCCUCAUUGAUGGACAUGAACUCCUUCAGCCCUAUGAUGCCAACGUCCCCUUUAUCAAUGAUAAACCAAAUCAAGUUUGAGGAUGAACCAGAUUUAAAGGAUCUCUUUAUCACAGUUGAUGAACCUGAAAGUCACGUUACUACAAUAGAAACUUUCAUUACCUAUAGGAUUAUUACUAAGACAUCUCGUGGGGAAUUUGACUCCAGUGAAUUUGAAGUUAGGAGACGGUAUCAAGAUUUCCUUUGGUUGAAGGGGAAACUGGAAGAAGCACACCCCACUCUGAUUAUUCCACCAUUGCCAGAAAAGUUUAUAGUAAAAGGAAUGGUGGAACGCUUUAAUGAUGACUUCAUUGAGACACGCAGGAAGGCUUUACAUAAAUUUUUGAACCGAAUUGCUGAUCAUCCAACUUUAACAUUUAAUGAAGACUUCAAAAUUUUUCUCACUGCACAAGCUUGGGAACUCUCUUCUCACAAGAAGCAAGGUCCUGGAUUGCUAAGCAGGAUGGGGCAAACAGUCAGAGCUGUUGCAUCCUCAAUGAGAGGAGUUAAAAACCGCCCAGAGGAGUUCAUGGAAAUGAAUAACUUUAUUGAACUGUUUAGCCAGAAAAUAAAUUUGAUAGAUAAAAUAUCUCAGAGAAUUUAUAAGGAAGAAAGGGAAUAUUUUGAUGAAAUGAAAGAAUAUGGCCCCAUUCAUAUUCUGUGGUCAGCGUCAGAAGAGGAUCUGGUUGAUACUCUAAAGGAUGUUGCCAGCUGCAUUGACAGAUGCUGUAAGGCCACUGAAAAGCGGAUGUCUGGACUCUCAGAGGCCCUGCUUCCUGUUGUACAUGAGUACGUGCUUUAUAGUGAAAUGUUAAUGGGUGUUAUGAAAAGAAGAGACCAAAUACAAGCAGAACUGGAUUCCAAAGUUGAAGCUUUGACCUAUAAAAAGACAGAUACUGAUCUGCUUCCAGAGGAGAUUGGAAAACUUGAAGAUAAAAUGGAAUGCGCUAAUAAUGCCCUGAAAGCAGAUUGGGAAAGAUGGAAACAAAAUAUGCAAAAUGAUAUCAAGUUAGCAUUUACAGAUAUGGCUGAGGAGAAUAUCCAUUAUUAUGAACAGUGCCUUGCUACGUGGGAAUCAUUCCUUACAUCACAGACCAACCUCCACUUGGAAGAAACCUCUGAAGAUAAACCUUAAUCCCAUUGAGGACUUCUGUUUGAUCUUUGGGAGACAGCAUUUAUUAACCAAAGUUAUUCUUUCUGGAUCUGCCAUGUCCCUUAUAAAGUGGAUGAAAAAUGUUUUGUACUAUCUGGAAAACCAACAACUUGAAACCUCAGGUAUUCCAGGUCACUGACAUGAAUUUGAAGAUAUAUCUAUCUGUAUGAAUGUAUAUCUAUAUGUAUAUAGAUAUAGAAAUACAGAGAGAGAUCUGGCUUGGUUUUAAUUAUGUUCUUAAAUUUGUGUGCCAAUAAUUGCAUAUAGAUUUUUUUUCUUAAAUAUUUGACUGUGGAACAUGCCAUUUUAAAUAUGUUGUAAGGACUGUUUUAAUAAAAAGUUUAGUAUGAA